AUGGUCGAUAAUGAGUUCAGGAGAUUGACGACAUUGAGAGAAUACUUGAUUAACCAGUCUUCAAUUCAGGGGUGUCGCAUGGUCAGGAACUUCGCGCUCGCCUUUGCGGAGUUUUUUGAAGCCCGGAUCGGCUCGAACACCAGCACUCCCGUAUAUGCGGAACUCCCUGUGAGGAUUAUUUGGGCCAAGCUCUUCUCAGUGGAUAUUGUGCUGCUCGUAUUCAAUUCAGGGCUGAAAGUUCACCCUCCUAUGACACAGCCCUAG